AUGGAUCUCCUGCAAAAGAGCAAAUACAGCCACCUGAGGAAUGAGUCUGUCUCCUCUUUGGAGGAGGCCGUGGGGGUCCCAUCCUCCCCGGUGGCGUCGCUCACGCGGUCUCUGCUUGGUUCCCAGUCCUCCUCCUCCUCCCUUGGCCCAGCUGUGCCCCUUGGGGAGCUCUCACCCGAGUCUGAGGACAGCCCCACCACCCUCUGCUCCUUCUUCCCCAGAAUGGCCAACCUGAAGCUCUCCAAUCCUGCCAACCUGCUCAGCCUGAGGGGCUCCUCAGCAGGGAGCAGCCCAGGGGAACCCCCUGCCCCCGAGAGCGCUGCCAGCCCUGGCUCAGCAGGACCUGUCACUGUGUGUCCCCAGGAUAUGAACAAGCUGAGCUGUGGGAAGAAGACCCGGGUGGAAGGUGGUCAGCUCGGGGGGGACGAGUGGACUCGCCACGGCAGCUUCGUCAACAAACCCACCCGUGGCUGGCUGCACCCCGAUGACAAGGUCAUGGGCCCUGGGGUCUCCUACCAUGUCAGGUACAUGGGCUGUGUGGAAGUGCUUCAGUCCAUGAGGGCCCUGGAUUUCAACACCAGGACACAGGUCACCAGGGAGGCUAUUGGGCUGGUGUGUGAGGCUGUGCCUGGUGCCAAGGGAGCUGUGAGGAGGAGGAAGCCUUGUGGUCGCUCCCUGAACUCCAUCCUGGGCAAGAGCAACCUGAAGUUUGCUGGGAUGCCUAUUACCCUGACCAUCUCCACCAGCAGCCUCAACCUCAUGGCCUCAGACUGCAAGCAGAUCAUUGCCAACCAUCACAUGCAGUCCAUAUCCUUCGCAUCUGGGGGAGACCCGGACACAGCUGAAUACGUUGCCUAUGUUGCCAAAGACCCUGUCAAUCAGAGAGCCUGCCAUAUCCUGGAGUGUCCUGAGGGCCUGGCCCAGGAUGUGAUCAGCACCAUUGGACAGGCCUUCGAGCUGCGCUUCAAGCAGUACCUGAAGAACCCCCCAAAGCUGGUGACCCCCCACGACAGGAUGGCAGGGUUUGAUGGCUCUGCCUGGGAUGAGGAAGAGGAGGAACCAGCCCCAGAUCACCAGUACUACAACGACUUCCCUGGCAAGGAGCCUCCCCUCGGGGGGGUCGUGGACAUGAGGCUGCGGGAUGGAGCUGCCCAAACCCCCAACCACUUGGGGGCCACAUUGCCUGUUGGCCAGUCCAGUGGGGACUGCGACCCCCAGAAGCAGCACACUCCUGCCCAAGCAGGGAGGGAGAAGUACUCAGCUCCCACAGGCCCCUCUGGCCGCACCGACCUGUUCGAUGACCCAUCGUACGUCAACGUGCAGAACAUGGACAAGGCACGUCAGGCAUCAGCCACCAGCACCUCUGCAACGGCCAAUGGCAGUGCCCAGAGGGACCUCUUCGACAUGAAGCCCUUCGAGGACGCGCUGCGCGUGCCCCCGGCCGUGCCUGGGGCGCUGCCCCCAGCGCAGGUCGUGGCCUCCAUGGAGGAGCAGCUGCGCCGAGAGCACUGGUACCAUGGCAAGAUGAGCCGGAAGGAGGCUGAGAAGCUACUGAAGGUCAAUGGAGAUUUCCUGGUGAGGGAGAGCACCACCACCCCGGGCCAGUACGUGCUGACAGGCCUGCAGGGAGGGCAGCCCAAGCACCUGCUGCUCGUCGACCCCGAGGGAGUGGUGAGGACGAAAGACCAUCGCUUCGAGAGUGUCAGCCACCUCAUCAGCUACCACAUGGACAAUCACCUGCCCAUCAUCUCUGCUGGCAGUGAGAUGUGCCUGCAACAGCCCGUGGAGAGGAGACUGUGA